AUGGUCAAGGAAGGUAUUUUGUUGAGACACAAAAUUUUAGGACAAGGCAUACAAGUUGAUCAAGCUAAAGUUGAAGUUACUGCCAAAUUUGCUCCUCCUAUCUUGGUUAAAGAGAAUCUUGUUUUGGCUCUUAUCAUUGGUGCUCUGGAUUGGAUUGUUCCAUUUGAGUUGGUAUGCGAUGCAAGCAGUGUGGCCUUGGGGGUUGUGCUUGGCCAACGAAAGGGAAAUUUGUUUUAUACGGUGUAUUAUGCAAUCAAGACUUUGAAUGUAGCUCAAAGGGAUUACACAGUUACUGAGCAAGAGUUGUUAGCUGUGGUGUACGCUUUUGAAAAGUUUAGAGCUAACCUUCUGGGGACAAUGGUGGUACAUACCAACCAUUCUGUGAUCUGUUACUUGAUGGCUAACAAGGAUGCAAAGGCAAGGUUGAUUCGAUGGGUGUUAUUGUUGAAAGAGUUUUACUUUGAGGGCUUAAACGUCAAUGUAUGA